AUGUACUACGGCAUCGUGCGGUUGCCUGAGGGUCGUCUGGCGUGGGGGUUCAUGUCAACGCCGGGGGCAAGCGCCACCGAGUUGAGAACUGAGGUGCUUCAUGCUGAGGUGCCUCAGGAUCCCGACUUGGUGUGCGUCUUGGCUCCGAGCAACGACUUGACCGCCAAGCACACCAUCGGUCGUGCGGCUGCAGACUUCGAGCGGUACCUUGCCACCGUCUGCAGUCGCUGGCCGAAGGUGUGUGUGCUGGACUUUCCUCCGAGGUUGACCGUUGAGGACUCCCUGCAAGAGCUCUACCGCCAGGAGUUCCACCGGGUGGCAGCCCGCAUGGCUGUGAAGUACUUCCACAUCGCGGACCACUUCCCCCGGCAGUGUCUCAACCUGUGGAGUCGCGAUGGUGUCCACCUGAGUGAUGACGUCGGCAUGGAGAUCUUCGCCCAGCUGCUGUGGACGGUUGCUUACACGCAACUGGAGACCGUGCCGCCAGCCCCGCCGGUGUCUCGUCCAUCCCCACCUUCUCGCUUCACUCCCCGUGUGGUUGUGAAGGGAGAGGUGAGGGUGCGUCGCAGCCCUGGGCCCGAGGAGUGGACUGUCGUUGGUCCGAGCGGCAAGUCCUCUGGAGGAUGCAGUGCAGUUCAGCGGGAGCCGGCUGGCAUCCCCCUGAAUCCUGUGCUGUUCAGCAGUGAGAUGUUGGAGGAGAUGGAGAAGGUUUCUCCAUCAAAUCUGACAUCUCCUGCUGACUUCGCUGGUGUUUCACCGCUAAAGACGCUGCGUGUGAAACACCACUCCAAGAGGACUCGAAGGGCCGCAUCCAGCCGAGGGAUUUCUUCUGACUCCAAGGCCGCUCUGGAGUCGAAGAAGGUCGGGGCAACGUCCAGGCAUCCGGUCCCUUCUGGCCGCACUGACGAGAGGACGGUUGAGACAACACAGAGCCCGGGUGUGUUGUCUUCUACUGAUGAAGAUGAGGCAACUACUGCGAAGGUAAGUGAGGUGAGUAUGGGUAAUGUUGAUGUUGUUAGGGGUUCAGUUCACCAGGGGCACAGUCGGUUUAGAAAUCCGGGAGUUCAGUGUAUGGCGAUAGGGUUGGUUAGUUUGGCCAGACAUAUGCUGUCUAGUGUGUUUAAUUGGAAGACAGAAGAUUUAGAUUUAGCUCUGUGGUUAGGAGAUCAGCUCUAUACACAUCUGAAGGACCAUGGUCUAAUUCCUCCAGGAGAAGACUUUUUGAUGAUCCCAGAGUUGCCGAAAGAGCACGUUUUAUACUGGCAGAACUUUAAGUUUUCGUUCCCUGAGACUGUCAGUGGUGAUGUCACUGUGACUGAAGGAGAGUUCAUUGAGUGUGGAGCAUUUGUGACUCUAGAACAUGGGCUGGAAAGGAUGUUAUCUCAGUACCAGACAUGUCUUUUGACCUUGUGUUCAAAUACAUGUGCUGUAAUUUCUGCUAGUGGUAGGUUUGCUGUUGUUGAUUCUCAUUCACGCAGUGCUACUGGCAUGGUGGAUGUUAAUGGUACCAGUGUAGUUUUGUACUUUGGUUCCAUUAGGGAAGUGUUUGAUCACUUUAGUUGUUUGGCAGCGAUGUUUGGUGGUAGUAACAAGCCUUUUGAAAUAAAUGGUGUUGAUGUGAGUAGGGAGUGUGAAUCUGAUGAUGGCAAUAAGCAACGUGUAAAACGUCAGCUGUCAGCAGAUUGUGAUGAAAUUGGCCUUUCCAGCCCAUCUAAACAUACGCCAAAAAAAGGUCGUAUUAAUGUUUCGAUGGUUGUUUCAGAUGAAGAGUUUGCUGUUGAGGAACAGGUUUUGGCUGUUGUUUCCACAUCAGGUGUUGAGCUGUAG